AUGACUACUACAUCCCUGCCCAUGUUGCUGAGAGUAGAGCAACCAGACCAGCCACCAAGGAAGCUGAAACUGGGCGCUCGACCUGAUUCUGUUGACUCACUAAUCCGGAUACUAAAACAUGAACUGGACCUCGACCUCGAUGUUGACCUUCUCUACGAAGACCCAGAUUUUGAUGGAAAGCUCACUGCCCUGACCGAUAUUAAUGAACUGCCGCAGAAAGCUGUUGUACACAUUACUUUUUCUCAAGACUCAAGCUCAGUUGCAUCAACAGUGUUGCUCUCUGAUGUCUCGUCUCCAGAGCGUCUGAGCAGGUGGCCGCCAGGGCCUUUUCCAAUCCCAAUGUUCUCAUUCGACGUAGAGCUGAAGCUGAGGGACGGAAAUGCUGAAUAUGAAAACAAGAACACCUACCUCAACUUAACCCGUGACCUGAAGCACAGCAUCUUGGAGAGUAUGGCUUCCACCAUUUAUGGUUUUAAAGCUUAUCCAAGUGACAAGGAAAUUUCAAUGGCCGCCGAGGCUCUUGUGGCCAAACAUCCCUGCUUGACCCAACCAGGGGCUGAAAAGGGCUGGAAUGGGUGGAAGAACUCUAUUAAGUUUAAAAUGGGCAAUUACAGAAACAAGAUGAGACGGGCUGGAUGUCAAGAAGUUGCGGUCAAUUCUGGUAAAAGGAGUAGGAGCCACCCGGAAAAAGAGCCUUCACAUUCGAACAUCAAGCGACCAAAGCGUGCGGAAUUAAAUUUCUUGCCCAACUUUCCUAAAGGAAAGGAUCCGUCACAACUGGAGGAGAUGAGGCAGACAAUUGUUGACGAAUGCAAGAAAGUGGACAAGGACCUGACCCUCAUCCGAAAACUGAUGGAGGCCACAUUCCCUCUACGCAGACAGACGAUCGUUAUGUCCUUCCCUCCUGUGAAUGAGAUCAUGGACCUCUGGCCAGCUCUGAAAAUUGAGUCAGAGUUGUAUGCAGAAUUCCAGCGACUCACGAACCAGAACCUGCCCAAUACAUUUUAUGCUGAGCUGGAUCGCCAUCUUCCACGAAUGAUGACUCUAUUCAGGCAGAAGGCUGCCAAAACGGGGAAGACUGCAGAUGCUCUGGCCAGCAUUUUAAAACUUCAUGAUGAGCAGGAAUCCCAUGACAUCCACAGCAGACGCACCACAGCUCUACAAGCCUUGCCUGUAUAUCUGCGUGAUGAUGCGACAGAAUUAUUCAGGACCUGCACAGAUGAUUCUGAUGAACCUGACCUCAACGGUGUUGCUCUGGGCCUUCUCACCUUCGCCAACAAUGAUGCAGGCCUCUACAACGCACUGAGGGUGUCCAUCGUGAUUGAAGUGACCACCAAUGCCAUCUUUCAGCACUUGUGGCUCAACUCAGUCCUGGACGAACACACGUGCACACUCACAUAG